GCGAAAGUCCGAGUUGACCAAAUAUCCAAAAUCCAAUCCCAAGACCGUUUCAUCCAAUAACUUGGUACAAAAUUCAAUUUCUAAAUACAACUCCAUAAUCCAAACACAAACUCAAAAAACUGCACAAUUGGUUCCAUACUCGAAACACUUGGUCAUACAAAAUCUAGUUAAUUCAUGUUAUGAAAAUAUACAUGCAUCACACGAGUUUAAAUCUACUGCUAGUUCUUAAUAUUUUUCAAAUGAUCAGCAAAAAAAAUUGUAAGUAAUAUUGCCAUGGCAAGCAAAUCAGUUUUCCAGAUGAGCAGAGCAACCUUGGAAACCCCCUCCAUUAUCAACUUAGCAUCCUUCUCGCCUGCUCGUACUCGUCAACUUCAUGCCCACAUCGUCAAAACUGGCCUUCUCAUCGACCAUUCUCUCUCUUCCAAGCUACUAUCUUUGUACGCAAAUCAUCGAUGUUUCUCCGAAGCUUCGAUCUUUCUCAACUCACUCGACGAACCCAGUUCGUCAUCUUUCUCUAUUAUUAUCAAUGCCUUUUCAAAAUUCAACCUUUUUGGCAAUGUUGUAGAUUUGUUUAGGAAGAUGUUAUCUGAAGGUGUAGUUCUUGACAGUUAUCUUCUGCCUGCUGUAGCGAAAGCAUGUGCCGGGCUUUCGGCUUUCCGGCUUGGCAGGCAGGUUCAUGGACUUGCACAAGUAUCCGGGUGUUCAUCGGAUGUUGUGGUGCAGUCUUCGUUAGUUCAUAUGUAUGUAAAAUGUCGUCGGUUAGGUAUUGCACACAAGGUGCUCGACGGAAUUCCUGAACCAGAUGUUGUCACUUACAGUGCUAUUAUUGCUGGUUAUGCUCGAAACGGUGACGUGGGUAUGGCGAAAAGGCUUACUAAUGAUAUGGGAAAGUUGGGGUUGGAGCCCAAUUUGGUGUCUUGGAAUGGUUUGAUAGCAGGGUUUAAUCAAAGUGGAAGGUAUUUGGAGGCUAUUUAUGUGUUUCUUGAUAUGCAUUUACGAGGUUGUCAACCGGAUGGAAGUAGUUUUUCCAGUGUUUUAGCUGCAAUAGCAGACUUGGAUGUUUUACAUGCAGGAGUUCAAGUUCAUGGUUAUGUGAUCAAGAGGGGUUUUGCGUGUGACAAAUGGGUUGUUAGUUCCCUUAUUGAUAUGUAUGGUAAGUAUGCUUGCGUCUCAGAGAUGAAACAAGUGUUUCAUGAGAUGGGCUGUAUGGAAAUAGGCGCAUGCAAUGCCUUAGUUUCUGCGCUUUCUCGCAAUGGUCUUGUCAAUGAUGGACUUGUAAUGUUUAGCCAAAUGAGAGAACAAGGGAUGGACUUAAAUGUUGUUUCUUGGACAUCAAUGAUUGCCUGUUGUUCCCAAAAUGGAAAAGAUGUUGAGGCUUUAGAGCUUUUCGCAGAGAUGCAGCUUGCUGGUGUGGUGCCCAAUGCUGUUACCAUCCCUUGCUUGUUACCAGCCUGUGGCAAUACUGCAGCAUUAAUGCAUGGGAAAGCAGCACAUUGCUACUCUAUACGGAGGCAAAUUGUGAAUGAUGUUUUUGUUGGAAGUGCUCUCACAGACAUGUAUGCAAAGUGUGGUAAAAUCAGUCAUUCUAAGCUUUGUUUUGAUGCAAUGCCUACCAGAAACCCAGUAAGUUGGAAUGCAAUUAUUGGUGGAUAUGCUAUGCAUGGACAGGACAAAGAAGCCUUGGAGAUGUUUGAUUUGAUGCUCAAGAGUGGGCAAAAGCCAAACUCUGUAACCUUUACUUGUUUGCUAUCUGCAUGUAACCAGAAAGGCCUUGUUGAUGAGGGCUGGCGUUAUUUCAAUAGUAUGUAUAAGGAGUAUGGUGUUGAAGCUAGAACGGAGCAUUAUGCUUGUAUGGUGAGCCUCCUAAGUCGUGUUGGAAAGCUUGAAGAAGCUUAUUCAUUGAUUAAAGAAAUGCCCAUGGAGCCAGAUGCUUGUGUUUGGGGAGCUCUGCUAAGUUCUUGUAGAACCUACAAAAAUUUACAGCUAGGUGAAAUAGCUUCUGAGAGGCUUUUUAAGUUGGAACCUAGAAAUCCUGGUAACUAUGUCCUUUUAUCGAACAUUUAUGCUUCAAAAAGCAUGUGGGUUGAUGUUAAUAGGGUGAGGAAUUUGAUGAAGGAGACAGGCUUGAAGAAAAACCCUGGAUGCAGUUGGAUUGAGAUCAAGAACAAAGUUCACAUGCUUCUAGCAGGGGAUAGAACACAUCCCCAGAUGGCCCAAAUCAAUAGAAAGUUGGAAACUCUCGGCAAAGAGAUGAAGAAGGCAGGUUUGGAUCCUAAAAUUGAUUAUGUGCUACAAGAUGUAGAGGAGCAGGACAAGGAGCAGAUGUUAUGUGGACAUAGUGAGAAGUUGGCUGUAGCUUUUGGGCUCUUAAAUACGCCUGCAGGGUUUCCUCUACAUGUAAUUAAGAACCUUAGAAUAUGCGGUGAUUGCCAUGCAGUUAUAAAAUUUAUUUCCGGCAUUGAAGGGCGAGAAAUUUUUGUCAGGGACACUAAUCGAUUUCAUCAUUUUAAAGACGGAGAAUGUUCUUGUGGCGAUUAUUGGUGAUUAUGGUAAAUCACAUUUUCAUAAUUGGGAAAGGUUACACUUAAAUCAGGUUAUUCAGUGGUACCUUUCGUUGUCUUUAGUAUUAUAUUUCACACAACUGUGUUCUACAUAUACUACAAGAAAUGUUGUGAAGGAGGGCAACUUGCUUGAUUCAAGGAAGGCAAGCUUUUCUGUGCCUUUGUAUAUCUGCAGGGUGAUCCGAAUGUAUACAAAUAUAACUGGCAAAUUGUCUUUAUACAUACUUCUUUGCAGUUCUGCUUUUAAUUCAGACAUCAAUUAGGGAUAUGUUAGCAUUUAGCAUCAAUUCAAGGAAAUUAGGGGAGUUAUCAGUUUCAGUUAGGGGUUAGCUUAGUUGGAUACUUGACUAGGUGCUACUCCGUAAUUUGUUGAAUAUUUCAUUCAUUGAUUGUAGAUAUUGUUGCUACCACAAGACAAAUGGUACAAGGAACCAGUUUUAGAAUAAGAAAAUGGUAGAGAGCUUGUUCAUUAUUUUUGUAAGAUUUAGAUUCAAAUUUCAUACUUCAUUAUAAGUUAUUUAAAAGAUCAUCGUUUUUUCUUUUUGUA